AUGAAUAAUAUGAUGCAAAAAAUCAGGAAACUUAAACAAGAAAAUAAAAACCUAAAAGAAUCUAAGAAUUUGCUACAAGAAAAAAAUGAAGUUGUAAACUUACUUAAAUUGAAAAACGAGGAAUUAACCAAUGAACUACCAACCAAUGAAUUAUCUAGAGACAAGCUUGAAGAAAAAAUAGCGAUAUUGGAAAAAUCCAUCUCAGACAAAGAAGAUGUUAUGACCACUUUGAACGAAGAUUGUGAGAUGAAACUUGAGAAGAAAAUGUUUGAAACUGAAAUAUUAUCGGAGGAAAUCAGAAAGCUGAAAGAAUAUGUGAAAGAAUUAGAGGAGAAUUUGGAAAAAAGAGUCACUGAAUUCAACUAA